CUCUCUCUCUCUGUAUCUAUCUAUCUAUGUGUGCCACAAUUUCCUGAGCCACACAGCAUCAGCAGGAAAUGUUUUAUCAGUGUGUGUGUAUUACAUUUACUUGACUCUCAACUCACACAAGUUCAGGAUGACAAGAAAGGCAUCGUUCCCAUGCCUCCUGCCCCGGGGGAACAUCUUCCCUUACCUGCUACUGCUAGUGAUGGCGCUGGGCCAGGCAACAGACGUGAACCCCUCACUAACCAUGAGCUGCACCGACACUAACAUGGUGCUGGGAGAAUGGAAAAUUCGUAGCACACCCAACGAAACAAAGGAAAGCAGAUUUUAUUUAGACAAGACCGUGUACGUGUGGCCAGAGGAAGGCUUUAGGGGCAUAGGUGUGAUAGCUGUUGCAGGCAGUGCGUCUGGGCAGAGGAGGGUGGACGCAUGGUUUUCCAAAGACAGCCUGUUCACUAACGUCACCACUGCCAAGUGGUGGGAGUUGUGGGUGUAUGUGCAUCGCGAAAGUGACCGUAUAAAGUUCUCUGUAUAUCUUGGCGAGGUUUGGAAGGUGUGUGUCACUUGGGUCACCUCUGACAACCUUCAGAGUCUAGAAGUGAUGGGUUACGGCCCCUCAAGAUGCAGGGACACGAUGCCACCACCUGGCUGUCCCUAUGAAGGAUAUAACGUUGAAUUGGCCCUCCCACAAACCAAACCCAAUUGCACGGUGCACCCACCCAUUUCCGGAGCUACACCUACGACUAUGACAACAACGGGGAGUGUAGUGGCGGGUGUGGUGGUGGGAAUGGUGGCUGCAGCGGUGGUGGUGGUGGUGAUGCUUUGCAGAACACAGCGUCACUCAGAGGAUGAGAACACCUCGCCAAGACCAAGCCCGACCGCCGGGGCACACAGGGAGGGGAUCCACGUUAUUGAAAACAGCCUGUACGAGUCCUUUGAGGCCUGCAGGGACGCGGCCACCACUGAGACACCCCCAGAGGGGAUCCACGUGAUUGAAAACCGCCUGUACGAGUCCAUUGAAGCCUGCAGGGACAGGGCCACUGCCGGGGAACUGAACUAAACGACAUGCGUUAUGAAGCAAAGCCUGUUUGAGACCUCUGAAGCCUGCAGGGACGAGGGCACCGCCGGGGCACCGGGGCAAACAACAAAUAUUAUGAAGCAAAGACUGUUCGAGACCUCUGAAGGCUGCAGGAGCACUGCUGCGGCCACAGUGAUGAGGACACACACACACACACUGAGUGCCCUGCUAAACACGCCAGUAAGUGAAAUCCAUCUCUACAAACUGUCUCUGGCUGUCACGAGGCCGCAGAGCUGCCAGUCAAGGAAAACUGUUUGCAGGAAUGUUUGACUGUCCACACCACUGAAUGCUGUCACCUCUGCCAGUUAGUGAAAACAGCACACAGCAGUAACUGUUCACUGCCUACACACACACUCUACUAGUCAGUGAACCCAGUACAUAAAAAAGGUAAAAAAUCAGCGUGUACCAACUAUAGGCCAAUAUCAAUAUUAACGACAUUUAGUAAAAUAUUUGAAAAAAUAGUUGCUAGUGGAGUAAUGAAUUAUCUAAAUUUACAUUCUUUAUUAACAGACUGUCAAUAUGGAUUUCGUCCUAAAUUUUCAAUCUAUUUAGCUAUACAAAAACUUUGUCAGAAUAUUUACGAUAUCAUUGAUCAAAAAAUGUUUCAGGUAACAGUUUUUUGCAAUAUCUCUAAAGCACUUGACACUAUUCCACACUCAUUUUUGUUGCAAAAAAUGUUAGUUUAUGGGUUCAGAGGAAAAACUCAUGAUUGGUUUAAAAGCUAAUUAAGGCCCCUCUAAGCGAAUUAAUGAGAAAAAAAUCAUCACUCACACAAACCAUUAUAUUAUAUGUAUCAACGCACUUCUGAUCAGUUUAUGUAUCCUCUAUUUUGGGGGGUUCAUGUCAAGGCAAGAAUUUGGCCCGUCACUGGUACGCAGUAAAGCCUCAAAUUUGCCCUGUCGCUGCUACCAGGUUAAUGCGUAUUCACUGUACGUCUAUUUGUAUAUGCUUCCAUGUAUAUUUAGUAAUGUCCUUCCACAGGUAUGUAUAUAUAAAUAUUCUUCAAUAUAUUUUGGGCGGGUAAAAAUACAUGUACAGUAAACCCUCAAUUAUCCGGGUGCACCGUAUCCGACCUUGUCCGUAUCCGGGAGUUUUCAAAAAUGUGAUUUUUUCCAAAGAAAAUAAAAAAAAUUGUCGCGCCCCGCCAAAAAUCGUUCAAAUUGUCCGCACGAUGCCUCUGAGCUCUUUCCGGGCGGCGUAGCGCACCACCAAGGUAAAGAGAUUCUCUUUACCUUCCGCACCACAACACAACAAGCCCCGCCCGCCAUUGUUUACUUUCACCACGGCCCAGUUAAUUGCUUUUGUGUGUGUGCCCUACCUUCUCCAGGCAUUGCUUUGCCUGUGUGUUGCGUUUGCGGCGGUGACUGAAAAA